CAGUAUUUAGUGCUAGGACGGCAGUGGUAGCUACUGGAGGGGUGCUGUAUACAUCAAGAUGCUAUGCCUUUGAACAGUAGUAUGAAGUUUAUCCAAUAAGCAGCAUCUAUACAUGAACACCGCAAGACCUUGAACCUUUAAGAUAGCUAGCCCCGAAAUCCCACAGACUGCCCGGAAUGCCCAGGCAUAAGAGCGAACCGGCACGAGCCGAAGCGGGAAGUGCAACGUCGUCUGUUACUCGGAAACUGUAUGAUAGUGUUUGUUCAAACGCAGCAUCAAACUCCAAUGGCAUUGCUUUUUCUUCUUCUAGCCUGGCGACGUGUCUCGUGUACGCCGAAGAUUGUAGUCUCAAGAUCACACAAGCCGAUGCUAUACAUUCAUGCAGUUGGAUAUUCGUUUAGUGCUUACGAGAACCAGAGGCAGAGAGCCGUACCGCCUUCUUCGUGCACUGCCAAUGAAGCUGUCAAAGAAGGGCCGUCUGUAUUAUGCCACAAAGAGCCAAGCUCGUUUCCAGAUCAGAGUUCGUGACAAUGCCUGAACAAGAAGGUCAGGAUGAUGGAAUGCAACACGCCGUCAGCCCAAUUACUGAAGAGCCUGGGGUAUAUGAUGUGCGUGAGCAAGACAUGUAGUUGUAUUAUAGUUCGCGCGGACAGUCCCAUCAGCUCGGACAGAGCAGGCGCAUAAACGGCACGACCCAACAGCCUUAAAUCGGGUGCGGUGCCCAAGGCGGCGCCUUUGCAGCAUUGGCAUGCCGCACGGCCAAGUCUCCCCGAUGGCGCGUAGCUAGCCACUGACUACUGCUGUCGAAUGUGAGCGGUGCGUGGGGGGCUUCGGGGCACAGCUGGGGCGAAGACAAAGACGGAAUCAAUCAGCUUACGACCUUGGCUCACCAUGUGAGAUUACGUUUCCC